AUGGAAGGGUUCUCUUUUCUGUUUCGGAUCCCUAAUGCUGCUACAAGAGCCCGAGUUCUAAAUCAGCGUCUGUGGAGUAUCGAAGGCCAAACAAUGUUUGUCGCUGACUGGGAACCGGGAAUUGUUCCGAUGAAGCCCGAGCUAACGUCAGCUCCGAUUUGGCUUGAACUUAGAAAUGUUCCCCUUCAAUUCUUCAACGACGAAGGUCUUGAGCGAAUUGCUAGCUUGGUCGGAGAUCCAAAAUUCCUGCACCCUGCCACAGCAAAUAAAACCAAUUUGGAAGUCGCCAAGAGAGUUGCUGUCUCAAGUCCUUGGAUGCCUCCGGUCUGCUCUCAUUGCAAGGAGAUUGGCCACAGUGUUAAGCGAUGCAAGAGAACUCCGAUUACUUGUCUGUUGUGUAACUCUUCAGGUCACGCAUCUGAGAAAUGCACGCGUCCUACAGCUAAGUUAUCUAAAUCUAAAGGAAAGGCUCUAGCCAUUGUUCCCAAUGCUAAAUAUGUUGUCGUGGAAAAACAUGUGGGGAAUAAAGAUUUUCCUCCUUCAAAUCAGAAACUAAAAGGCAAGUUGCAGGAUGCAAAAGAGAGCUACUUCAAUCAAUCUGUGAUAGGUGAAUCUAGUGCUGCAGCUAACUCUUCUGUUAUUCUUCCGUCUGGCAACCAUAAAGAGAAAGCACUGCUCAUUUGCUCUGAGGUUGAACCAGAUUCAUCUGACGUGGACUCUAGCGAAUCGGAGGAGGAAGGGGAGCUGAAAGAGGCUGAGGAAGACUUCAUUAAAGUGCUGUCCCGAAAGGAACGGCGUAAUGCUCGGGACAAGGGUCCCUCCAAACACUAA